GUAUCAAGCUAGCUAGUCGAAUUCUCUACGACGGAGUUACGUUGUCUCGUGACAACGAUUUUAUUUUUUUUUCUCUUUCUUUCUCUUUCUCUCUCCCUCUCUCUCUCUCUCUCUCUCUCUCUACCUCUUUUUCUCUCUAAAGAUAUAUAUAUAUAUAUAUAUAUAUAUAUAUAUAUAUAUAUCUUUUAUUCCUCUUCUUCUUCCUCUUCUUUCUCCUUCUUACUUCUUCUACUCAUCUUGUUCUACUUUUCCUACGUGCUGGCAAUUCAAAUUUCAACGUGCAAAACGAAAUAUCGUCGAGCAACUAACGUUUAAGAAUCAUGGACACUCUUUAUCCAGAUCUACAUGAAAAAUUUAAGAUGGAAGGUGUUUGUCCUAUUUGCCUAAUGGAAAUGGACUUAACACCAAGAUUUUCUUGCGCAAACGGUCAUACGAUUUGUUAUCGUUGCAAGCCACAUUUUUAUGGUUGUCCAACGUGCAAAUUAUCUCUCGACAUAAAGAUUUUGCCUGAAAAAAAUGACGGUCCCUCGCAUAUCCCACCACCUCCGACCCAUUAUUUUCCACAUCCUAUACAGGCAACGUCAGAAACUUUUGCCUGUCCGUUUUAUCCAACUGCACCGCCAAUGGGCAACGAAGAAUUUUUAAAUCAGGAGAGAGGAAAUCCUUGGAGAAUGCCUAUGCCUCCUGAGGAUCCACAACUUUAUCCCUGUGCUUAUUCCUAUCUUGGAUGUUGGAUCAAACUACCCCAACAUCUUCGUUUACUUCAUGAAUCCAGAUGCCAAUUUCGACCGCACAUGGAAGAAAAUAAAUUACCAACGGAUCUUCGUCACGAUCAGAACGAUCUAGUUGAAUGCGGUCAUAGUGUAGUAGGUUGCAAAGUUAGGAUGCCAGCUUGGAGAAAGACAAUACAUGAGAAUGUUUGCAAUUAUAAGGAAAAAUUUUUAGCGAUGAACGAUGUGAUCGAGAGCAUUGGUUGCGUUACGAUCAACGACGAUCCAGAGGAAUUGAUCGAUUGUAGAUAUAUUAAUUAUGGUUGUAUGGUAAGAAUGCCAAGAAGAAAGAAAUAUACACAUGAACAAAAAUGUAAUUAUCGUGUGGACAUAGACGAGGAAGAUGAUAAUCAUCUGGGUGAAUGGGAACAACGUUAUCCCAAUACAGAAUUAGAUCCGAAUGAACAGGUAGAUUGUAAAUGGUCCGAUUAUGGUUGUCUUGUUAGACCAAAACGUUAUCGUAAAUCGAUACACGAGGAAAAAUGUAAUUACAGAAUGGAAGAGUGUAUAUAUAAGCAUUAUGGUUGCGAUGCCGUAUUUGAACCAUCAAGAAAAUACGCUCACGAACAUUCUUGCGGUUAUAUGCCAUAAAUGAUAUAAUUAUUCUUUCAAUGGAAUUAAAUUAAAGUUCCGUUGAAUGCUCGAUAACAUGUAUGAAUUUAUCUUUGAAUAUGCAAAUGAAAUAUAUCGCGUAGUUAUAUAACA